GAGUGUGGCGGGACGGCGCGGCGGGACCGGACCGGCGUUCCCUCCCAGCCCUCGUCCCGCUCACCGGCCGGGAUGUUGCCUGUGGUCGCCGGGCUCCUGCUGGCCGUCGCCGCGGGCGGCCGAGGGUCGGCGGGGGAGCAGGAGAGCCCCCCGGGGAGCCGCUUCGUCUGCACCUCGCUGCCGCUGGAGGCCGCCGGCGCGGGCUGCCCGCUGCCCCCGGUGCCCAUGCAGGGCGGCGCGCUGCCCCCCGAGGAGGAGCUGAGAGCCACGGUGCUGCAGCUGCGGGAGACCGUCCUGCAGCAGAAGGAGACGAUCGGGAGCCAGCGGGAGGCCAUCCGGGAGCUCACCGGCAAGCUGAGCCGCUGCGAGGGCGCCGACGGCAAGUCCGCCCCGGGGACCUGGAAGAAGGAGCUGGGCAAGGGCAAGGACACUAUGGGCGACCUGCCGCGGGAUCCGGCGCAGGUCAUCGACCAGCUGAGCCGCACCAUGCAGACCCUGAAGGACCGGCUGGAGAGCCUGGAGCACCAGCUCCGAGCCAACGUGUCCUAUGCAGCACUGCCUAGUGACCUUCGGGAGAUGCUUCAGCGGAGGCUUGGAGACCUGGAGCGCCAGCUCCUAAGCAAAGUGGCUGAGCUGGAGGAUGAAAAGUCUUUGCUUCAUAAUGAGACAUCAGCCCAUCGGCAGAAGACGGAGACAGCCUUGAACGCAUUGCUAGAAAGAGUGUCUGAAUUAGAAAAAGGCAACAGUGCAUUUAAGUCACCUGAUGAAUUCAAAGUCUCCCUUCCCCUUCGCACAAACUACUUGUACGGGAAGAUCAAGAAGACGCUGCCCGAGCUGUACGCGUUCACCGUCUGCUUGUGGCUGAGGUCCAGCGCGUCCCCUGGCAUCGGCACCCCCUUCUCCUAUGCUGUUCCUGGGCAGGCUAAUGAAAUUGUCCUCAUAGAAUGGGGGAACAAUCCCAUUGAACUGCUAAUUAACGAUAAGGUUGCCCAGCUCCCUCUCUUCAUUAGUGAUGGGAAAUGGCAUCAUAUCUGUAUAACGUGGACAACUAGAGAUGGAAUGUGGGAGGCUUUUCAGGAUGGAGAGAAGCUUGGCACUGGGGAGAAUCUUGCUCCUUGGCACCCAAUUAAACCUGGAGGAGUCUUGAUCCUGGGUCAGGAACAGGACACUGUGGGAGGAAGAUUUGACGCAACUCAAGCCUUCGUUGGAGAGAUGAGCCAGUUCAAUAUAUGGGACAGGGUCUUAAAAGCUGAAGACAUCUCCAAUAUUGCUAACUGCUCCGCCAACAUGCCUGGCAACAUCAUACCUUGGGUGGAUAACAACGUCGAUGUCUUCGGGGGUGCUACAAAAUGGCCUGUGGAGACAUGUGAAGAGCGUCUGCUAGAUUUAUAGCUGCAAUCGUUUCCCAUCCAAGUGCCCCCUUUAGUAGGACAAUCUUCUGUGCAACCUAAAGCACUUCUUUUUCUUUCUGCCCUUCCCCAAUCCUAAUUCCUCAAAAGAAUAAAGAAAUUGAGUAACCUGCCUGGGUGCAAAGAUAGCUACUAGUCUGGGGCCUUGAGCCUGGCACUGAGAGAAGCACUUUUGGCUAGAGCAGCCCUUCCAUUCUCCUGGUCCCACCUGACCUCUGCUCUGGGCUGUGGCCCUUUUGGCUGGGGCUGAGCUCCUCGGGCAGGGAGGGGAAAGCCAUGCACAUUAACCAUGGUUCUCCUCUUACAACCUGCAGCAAGGCACUAAUGGGCUGAAUGUGAAUCCUUCCUCCCAGUCUAUCAUCUCCCCUCUGAAUCAAAGCCAUUCUUUUCUAGCCCUUUUUAAAGAACUCAGUCCUUACACUGCAGUGGUUACGGUGCAACUAUGGGUAGGGCCGAACAGCCACUGUCCGAGUGCAAGGGUCUUGCUUUUUAAUUUGCAGGUUAGAAAUCCUUGUUUUGCGCUGAGGAGGCGAUGGAUCCGAGAUGUUGUUCUAGCUCAGCUUGAGGAAGGGCUGUGUGAGGAGCACAGCUCCGUUAAGCUUCAGGCAGGGUCCUGUCCCAAAGCCUGGCCUUCGCUCGCCAGGACCCCGCGCGGACGGGGCAGAUUGUACCUGUAUUUUCUGUAGGCUGAAUGUACUGAAUUCCUAGUGACCCGGCUUGUAAACUUUUCUCUAUUGUUUCUCUUGCUUUAGUCAAUGUCUUUUAUUUUUUAAAAUAUACAAGCUGUGAUUAAGUGAAUUUCCGUUUUGUUUUGCUUUGAAAAGCCUUUUUAUGAGCAAGUGCCAAAGUUCAGUUUCUGCUUGCUGAGACUCGCUAUCUAUUUUCCAGCAUAAGUCUUCUGCACUGUUUUCUAUGUUACUAUGAUGGUCCUGUGUAAUAUGAAAAUGUGCUGUUUUUUCAAUUCUUGUUGACUGUCUCUUCUGUAAGCACUGGGCUGACUACUAUAUUUUUUUAUCAUUUUCUCUCAAUAUUUUGCAAACGAUGUAGCUGUUUCCUUGGCAUUGAUGUGAUUACUUGGUUUGUGGCUCGCAGGUAGCAAAUGCACUGUACUGGGAAAGAGUUAAUACUUUUGUUAUUUAAAAGAAAAAGGAUUUAUGGGGGGGAGGGGGAAUUUAUAAAGCUAAAUAUCAUAUUUUAUUUUUCAUAUGUUUGAAAUGUAAGAAUUAUAUGGUGACAGUCCCAUUUGUAGGAUAAAGUUGCAUAUUCCAUUAAUAUGUAGUAUGCUGUUCUUAAAAGAAAAUUCUUAUAAUGAACUUUUAAUUAAAAUGCACUGUAAAAUGA